ACACUGCCACUGCCAGCCGUCGCGAUCAGAUCCUGCUGCUGCCCCGACCAUGCCGCCGUCGUCGCCGCCGUCCUCCGCGUCGGCCCCGGCCUCGCACCACCUGCGCCUCUGGUGGCGCCGCCGCGGCCGGGCCGGCGCUGCCGGGGCCACCUUCGCCGUCGCGCUCCUCGCGGCCGCGCUGCUGCUCACGCUCUCCUACUACGCCUCCGCGCCCCUCGCGUCAGACUCCUCCGCCGCCGGCGGACGCAGCCCCGCCCUCGUCGGGCUCACACUCGUCCGCCGCGCUCAGGAGAAGGGCGCGCUUUGCUUGGAUGGGAGCGUGCCAGGGUACCAUCUGCGGAGAGGCUUUGGGAGUGGAUCGGAAAGCUGGCUAAUCCACUUGGAGGGUGGAGGCUGGUGCCGUAAUCUCAAGUCAUGUGCCUCACGUCAGAGAUCGAUUUUGGGCUCAUCCCGGUACAUGGAACGCCAGGUUGAGUUUACCGGGAUCUUGAGCAAUGAUAAAUCCCAGAAUCCUGAUUUUUACAACUGGAACAAAGUGAAGAUAAGGUAUUGCGAUGGGGCGUCAUUCUCUGGGAACGUCAAAGAUGAGUUGCAGAAUGGCACAAGAUUCUUCUUCAGAGGUCAGCGUAUCUGGGAGGCAGUAAUGAAUGAACUUGUAUUCAAGGGGCUCAGAAAUGCUAAACAGGCUUUCCUAACAGGAUGCUCUGCUGGUGGGCUAGCCACUUACAUUCACUGUGAUGCUUUUCAUGCGCUGCUACCAAAGGAUUCUAGGGUUAAAUGUCUUGCAGAUGGCGGUUUUUUCCUUGAUGUAGAGGACAUUUCUGGGAAAAGGACGAUGCAGUCUUUUUACAGUGAUGUUGUCCGCCUUCAGCAUCUAGGGGAACAGUUUUCGCAUUGUAACUCAAAUCUAGAGCCAGGCCAGUGUUUUUUUCCACGUGAAGUUGUGAAACACAUUGUCACCCCGGUAUUCAUUCUCAAUCCAGCAUAUGAUGCUUGGCAGGUACAACAUGCGUUAGCUCCUGAAGCAUCUGACCCUCAACAUUCAUGGCUGGACUGCAGACUGGACAUCGCCAAGUGCAGCUCUGAGCAACUUGAAAUUCUCCAAGGUUUCAGGAAAGAACUGCAUGACGCAAUAAGUGAAGUUAAGCAGAAAAGGGACUGGGGUUUUUAUAUCAACUCGUGCUUUGUUCAUUGUCAAUCGCUGAACUCGUUGACCUGGCAUUCUCCAACUUCCCCCAGAGUGAACAAUAAGAGCAUUGCAGAAGCAGUUGGAGAUUGGUUCUUCGACAGGAGAGAGGUGAAGGAAAUAGAUUGUGAAUAUCCCUGCAACCCGACAUGCCACAACUUGGUUUUCACUAGGCCUUUCAAGAUAUGAAGUUUUGGCCGCCUCCUCUGCUACGAUUUUGGUGUAACAUUAGCAAAUAAACUUGUUAGUAUUGUUUUUUUCCAACUUAUUUUGGUGAGUGAUACCCUGAAAACAAUACUUGACAGUAAAGUUGUAAAGUUAUCAGAAUUAUACGAUGUUAACAGAAUCCUGUUCCAUGAUGA